CGAAAUUAUCUGCCAAUCAUAAUAUCUGAAUGGUAGGAUGAGGAUCCAUUUACGCCUACGGAUAAAUAGCGUGCUAUCGCACUUGACAGACCAUAGUUGCAUCGUCAGGAGGUAGCCUACCAAAUAAUAACGCGAUGUCUCGGUUGUGAUUUAACGUACAGUAUUUCCUCAUCUAUCUUCCCCGCUGGAUGGUCCAUGUUGGAGCCUGGAGCUACUGUAGAGUAGAUUACAGCAAUACAUUAGCAAUAAAACAACAUACGGUGACUUAACAGACACCCGAGAAACUACACAUGAAACGGGGUUUUGCCAUGUCCCGCGGUCGUGUGACAAGAACCGCAGGACAGGAUCGAAUCAAUCCGUUGGGGCAAUGCUAGGAGCUGUGUUAAUAACCUGGCAAGAGGAAUACUUGAUACUCGAAGACGUUUGCUUUCGGAGAAUCGAAUUCGGACAUGGGGCUUGAGUUGUCAUGCGGGGCGGUCCGGACACUGGACCCCCUGAUCGUGGGAGUCUCGGAUAGAUACCGAUGCUCACGGUCAAAUCAUAGCUUGUGAGGAACGAAAGAAUGCCUGCGGUGACCGGAGAAGCGCCCUUACUGAACGGGGGCAGAAGAGAAGAGAAAAAUCCAGUUUUAACACCCUUUCCUUUCCUUGUCUUUCUGCCUCCUGUUCAGCGUCCCUGUAAACAGUCCCUUCCCGGGUCCCUAUGCCGAGAGUCCCAUUGGAAGUGCCUGCUCCUCACGCUGCUGAUGUUCGGCUGUUUCGCCACGCUGGGAUGGUGCUCUUUUUACCGCGUCACUGUCAUGGCUGCCGAUGAACACGGCCUCUACUACGGUGGCCGCGCCCGCCUCUACCAUGACAGCCCCUGCUCCAACGGCUACGUCUACAUCCCGGUGGCCUUCCUGAUCAUGCUGUACCUGGUCUACCUGGUGGAGUGCUGGCACUGCUUCUCUAAAACAUCCUCUCUGGCCCGGGUGAGGAUUAGCAAGGUGUACAACAGGGUCCAGAGGCUGCAGCAGGCCAUGCCCUGUAUCUGGUGGAAGGCCAUCAGCUAUCACUAUGUGAGACGGACACGGCAGGUGACUCGAUACCGCAAUGGUGACGCUUACACCACCACACAGGUGUACCAUGAGCGGGUCAACACACACACAGCCAGCUCUGAAUUUGACUAUACCCGACAUGGUGUCAAGGACGUAUCCAAGGAGCUUCUUGGCCUUCUGGAGCACCCGGCCGUACGCCUUCGUUUCACCAAGUGUUUCAGCUUUGCCAGUGCCCAUGCCGAGGCUGCCUACCUCACCCAGCGCGCACGCUUCUUCGCAGAGAACGAGGGUCUGGAUGACUACAUGGAGGCACGGGAGGGCAUGCACCUGAAGAACGUGGACUUCCGUGAGCACAUGCUAGCCUUUCCUGACCCGGCGUGGCCGCCCUGGUUCUCUCGCCGGCGCAUGUAUUGGCUGAUCUCAGCCCUGAUGUUGUCCUGGCCACUACGUGUGGUGUCAGAGUACCGUACGGCGUAUGUCCACUAUCAUGUGGAGAAGCUGUUUGGUGAGAACGAGGAAGUCAAUGACAAUGACAGCACUGAGAUGGGCAGCUACCGCUCAGGCCAGGAGAAUGGGCAACGCGGUGGCCCCAGAUUACGUGUCAUAUCGAGGGUCAACACGGUAGACAUCACUGAACUGGAGUGGCACAUUCGCUGCAACCAGCAGAUGGUGCCCAGUUACUCCGAGGCGUUGCUGAUGGAUCUGAACACCAACAACACAACAUCUUCGCCCUCUGCGUUUACCGGGGCAACGCGUGUCCCUAUGAGGCGGAACUCUAGCUACGUCCUCCAGAGCUGCCCCCGCUGUCGCAGGUCCACCAGCAGCUCCUCGCUCCCCUCGCGAGUCAGGGGGAACGUGGCGAUGGGGGCGGGCUCUUUGACAUAUGGGACAGUGGGAAGGAUGGGAGGAGGAAGGCUAGCCCUCAGCCGCAGUGGAUUCUCUCUGGGCCGUUUGCACACUGUGCGGCAGGCCUGCCUGUUUCACUCCCGGAGCCUUGGUGCAGGGAUGGGGAGUAGAGGGGAUGAAGGUGGUGGGUUUCUGGGACUGGGCCUCCGCCGGGCUAAUGAAGAGAGCAGAGGGGUACUGGAGGGAGAAGGAUUUGAAGAGGAUGAGAAUAGUCUGCAGCUAGAGGAGGAUAGAGAGCAGGAACUAGAGAGAGUGAGGGCUGAGAUCAUGCAGGGAGUGGCCUGUGUGACAGAGAGACCACCAGCUUAUCAGGAAGCUCUCCACUUGCCUGUGUUGAUCGUCCAUGGUGAGGAGAGCUGCCAUGGAGGGGAGGACCUUGACACAGGAUAGUCACUAUGAUUGGCUAGGGUGAUGGAGAGUAGAUAAGCAAAUCUGCUCAGGAUGAUGCAAGAAAUGAAUGAGAGGAGGGCAGAGGAGAGGAAAAUAGGGAAGGAAGAAAAAGAAGUGGUAAUAUGGAAAGGAUUGGAAAGAAGAGAGGGGUAAGGAAGGAGAAAGAAAACAAAUGGAAAACCCCUAGUUUCCAGACCUGCGACAAAGGACUACUGCAAAAUGUGUAGGGAAACCAAACUAUUGUGUCACGGUAGAUUAAAUUACAACUAUGUAGUUGCUCUUGCUUGAGAGUGUGUAAUAUGUGUAUCCCAUUGUCCACAAUGAACAACAAUCGCUUUGUAUCAUUGUUCAUCAAUGUAUGAAAUGUAUGUUCAUGAAUGUAUGGACGUAUCAAUGAGCUGCUGAGUUAGCGCUUAACAUCAGGAGUAGUAGUAGUCCACCAAGCUAUUAGAUUAAUUCAAGGGGCACUGUAUAUUGUGUAAACUUACAUAACUCCCGGGUGGAGGUGGAGCACAACUCUCAUGCCAAUGAAAUCAAAAAAAUAUUACCAUUACACAGAGAUGAUAGUAAUCCGAUUUUAUAUUACUUUUAGAUGUAAACAAAUAAUACAUUUGAUCAAGGCACUGAGGUGAUGCGGCGUAUGUCAUCUACUCAUCUUCCUCUUGAGAUAAUGCAGAUCCAAGCGGCCAACAAUAUUGUCUAUGACAUCACAGAUAUAGUGAAUAAUGUUUUAAGAGGUAAGUGCACAUAUGGGUAUGUUUGAGCAGGGAUGCAGUAGUUGCUAAAAAUCGAGCUACUUUAUGAGAAACUUCACGAUUUUUUAAAAAUGUCCUUGUAGCUCAGCUUUGUGACUCCGUCAGCCAAAAACAUGCAUUUGCCCCCCUCACAGACAACAGGAAUGUGGAGAAAGACACUCACUUUUUAAACCUAACAUGGAUAUGGGGAACAGGAGAUGGAAUAUGAUAGAGUUAUGGAGAGAGCAAUUGUCCCAUUUUAUGUUGGUAAGAUUAACCCCUUUAUUCAUCCAAAAAAUGCCUCUUAGCAAUUUGGCCUUAACCACAUUUACAUUUACAUUACAUUUAAGUCAUUUAGCAGACGCUCUUAUCCAGAGCGACUUACAAAUUGGUGCGUUCACCUUAUGACAUCCAGUGGAACAGCCACUUUACAA